AUGGCCGAAUCACGAGGCGUGCGCGCCGGCAGCAGGCGCAAGACACCCAUCCCGCAGCCAGAAAAGGCGCCUGCACGCGCAUCGCGGCGACUGCGCAGCGCAAGUCGCGACAUCGAACCAAUCCUUGAACUGCACAAGUCAAAUCGCCGGAGCACGCGCCAAGCGAGCGUGGCUAGAAGCGAAAGCGAGGAUGAAACUCUCAAGCCACGACGAGCACAAAGAAAGCCUGCCAAGGAGGUAGCAGGAGGCCUCACCAUCGUUGAAGAGAUCGACACCGAGAUCGCGUUGCAAGCAGCUCCAGGCACGCCGCAGCGUAUCGAUAUCGAUCUGGAACAGCAGGCCCUCUUUCGCUCACCUGGUGCAGCCUCCGAAAUGUCCGGCACCACAGCCAUUUCGUCCUUCUCCAUGAUCGAAGCCGAGUUCCUGGAACCCAAGUACAUCCUGAAGCACAUGCGCAAGCUGUGCGACGUCGCAGAAGACUUCUUGCAACAUCUUGCACCUGAAAGUGGGAGCAUAGAAGAUGAUCACCGCAACAUAAGAGAGAUGCAAAAACCCGAUUCCGACUUCGCAAAGGAUUACCGAGACUUCGAGGUCGAGCUCAACGUGCACUUGAAGCAUUUCAAGAGCGAGGAGCACAAAUACAUCCACCCUCGGGCAGUCCAUCGUGCGCUGUUCGGCUCCUACAACGAUGUCGGAGCGCUCCAGUCUGGUGUCGACCUCGUGUUCUAUUUGGGCAACCUUCUUGUAUUCGCAAAACACAUGAUCCACUCAGACCGAAGCGACAAAGAUAUGUGGAACACCCUACAACAACUCGACUCUACGUUCCCUAACCAAUUCAUGCGUUCAUUGAUCACCGAAGGUUCAUCGACGGCGGCCGGUGACAGCACUUUGCUCGAGAUGACGUUCGAGUUGGGUUUAGACCUGCGCACCCAGCUUGCGAUAUUGUUGAUGGAGCGUUGGGCGCACAACCGCGAUUUCAAUUCUGAUGAAGCUCUCGAUGAAGUUUUCGCUCAUCCCGAGGCAUCUCAAGGAAACGGGGACAUCAUUCGCGGUUGGAACGUGGCAGCGCUCGGAGGAGAGGAGACGAGUUUAUCUCCACGGUACCAAGAGCGUAUCAAGCAACGGCUGCUUGAGAUGCAGCCAUUCUUCUCGACCGACUCACAGUCCCUGGAGAACGGAGACACGGUCGAUCUGGACGGACUGAGCGCCAAUUUCCCCUGGAAUGCAACCAUUCUACGCCUUCUACAAUGGGUACGCUUUCGACAUCGUGAGCUCAGUGAGUCUAUCGAAGCUAUCGGUGGCCCUACUGCUAUCUUGGACAAUGUCAAGAAGGCAAUGGAAACGCCUCAACCAGUCAGUGAUGAAGGCAGGCCCACAACUGCCCCUAGAGAUUCCCCACGCAAAAAGCGAACAUCGUUCGGACGACCUCAUCGAAGGCGCAGUAGUCGCAAAUUUGACCCCAACGCACCAAUUGACGUACGUGCAAUUGAUGCAUUGAAGGCAAGGGAGAGGGAUUCUGGAGUGUAUUUCGAUCCCAAGGUUCUGCAACCUGGCGAAGAGUUCGAGCAAGUAGCUGAGGAAGAGGAGGUCGCGGAACAGAUAGGCGAACAGUCAUUAGUGCCUGCAACCGCGCCAGAUGAUGCAGAAGCCGAGCGCGAACAAAAUGUGCGGCGGCAGAUGCCCAUUGAAGAGGAACAACAGCAGGGAGAUGCCACGCUUGUAGCUGGGGAAGAAGACAUUGAAGACAUGGAGAAAUUUCCCUCUUCUGGUCCACCCAAGGGUACGCAAGACAUACUUAGCGCUUUGAAGUCGGUGGGACCUCAAGGCAAAGAGAACCGCAAAGGCUCGCUUUUCGAUCGACAAGUCACCGCCCAACGCGUCGAGUUCGGCAGUGGCUUUGACUCUAGCCAGCCGACUCCUGGGCCCUCCAACAGAAUUCUAAGCAAAGGAAAACAACGGGUGGACCCUCCCCCGUCUGUCUCGAGGAAGCGAGCACGCCCAGAAGCAGAGUCAGAUGACGAGGACGACGUCUUCGAAGCUAGCGAACGAGUCACACGCGUGCAGGAACGCCGUCAGAAAGCCCCAGUCUCUAAACGAGCCCGUGUCGAAACCCCCUCCUCCGCACCGGUACCUCCAUCCCACCAGCCGGUCCGGGCAACAGCAGACGACCGACUGACCCUCCCGCGCGCCUCAGCACCCGCUGCGCCGCAACCUACACAGGAAGACAGCGUCUCCAAACCCGAAGGACCAGAAAUGACCAGAGUACCCCCCUCAACCUACCAAGCCCAGCACCGCCUCGCCCUCCAGAACAGCGCUAUAGGCGGCGCAGGUCGCAUGCGUCAACCACGACGCACAUGGACCUUGGACGCCGAGGAAGCUUUCGUCGAGUACAUGGCGCGACUACCACGACGGUACGCGAACAUCAAGGAGCUCGACGAGAGUGCAGACGGGUAUGGCCUGUUAACAGACUUUACGCAAGUCAACCUCAAGGAUAAGGCGAGGACUAUGGCUAUCAAUAUGAUCAAGUCUGGAACGGGGCUUCGGGAAGGAUUCGAAGACAUCAUCAAGCCAGACAAGAAGGAUGGGAUUAGGCUGGCCGAGGCUGGGUAUCAGUGGUAG